AUCCUUCCUUUUAUUUUGGUGAUUUAACAUGGCAGUAAUGGCAAAGAUUGUUGUUUUGGUUCUCAUUGCUGGUUUCAGUAAUGUCUUUUGUUUUCCAAAGAGGGAAGCUUCCCAUGAGGUUGAUGUUUCAACAACACUAUCUCCCAACAAUCAGACCCAAACUGAAGCUGUGGGUGGUGCAAGUGAAGAUGUUGAAGCAGGCACUUCAGCACCUCCCCACAAUCAGACUACUACUGCACAGCCUGAUGUUACUGAUGGGCCAAGUGAAGAUGACUCGGUAACUGCAACCCCAAGUCCCCAAAACCAGACAAGAUCUGCUGCCCAAACUGAAAAUGCUGAAACUGAUGGACCAAGUGAAGAUGAUGUAUCUGUAACUGCAACCUCAAGUCCCCAAAACCAGACAACGCCUGCUUCCCACACUGAAAAUGCUGAAACUGAUGGGCCAAGUGAAGAUGAUGUGGUAACUGCAACCCCAAGUCCCCAUAACCAGACAACACCGGCUGCCCACACUGAAAAUGCUGAAACUGAUGGGCCAAGUGAAGAUGAUGUGGUAACUGCAACCCCAAGUCCCCAUAACCAGACAACACCGGCUGCCCAAACUGAAAAUGCUGAAACUGAUGGGCCAAGUGAAGAUGAUGUGGUAACUGCAACCCCAAGUCCCCAUAACCAGACAACACCGGCUGCCCAAACUGAAAAUGCUGAAACUGAUGGGCCAAGUGAAGAUGAUGUGGUAACUGCAACCCCAAGUCCCCAAAACCAGACAACACCUGCUGCCCAAAGUGAAAAUGCUGGUAAGGACAAUCGGGGAAUUUGUGGUUAUGUGUAUUAA